AUGUGGAUACCUCUGUUGCUUUGCCUAUAUUGCGUAACAUUUGCCAUUGCAUUGCCCGAGAUUGGCCAUUGGGAAGUUAAUAAACCACUGGGCGAAAAUGCAGUUUUCCCUAAAUCAGUUCUCGAUGGUACUUCUUUUAGUGUCCAAGUAACUUGUACCAAAGUGGCUGACGUACGAUUCUCUUUGUCCGUUCUGUGGUCAGAAUGUGCGGAUGCUUUCGCUUACGUCAAACAAGGUCGUAACGCCUCUGUAAUUUCAAUGCUUGUCGCACCUGGUUUAAAAACAGAAAGCAUUGCCAGAACGGAGAAGCAGUUUACCUGCUCACCCGUUGAUCCUACGACGGUUGACAUGGCGAUUCCUAGAUCAGGCUCUCAAAUGACUGUUGUGUCGAUGAACUGUAUCGAUAGUUCCUCUUGUGACAAGGACAUUAAUGCUCAUUACAUCGUGGAUAUAAAGGGCAGCUACGGGUACCUAUCAGGGAUUGAAUAUCCCCUCAGAAGAUUUUACGGGGUUUUAGCAUUGGGUCAUGCCCUCCUGGCUUUCCUUUGGUUAUGCUUCACACUCUUUCACUGGAAAGACCUUCUACGAAUCCAGUACUACAUCACCCUGAUGGUCAUUAUCGGUCUUGUGGAACAGAUCACUCUAUACGCACUAUACGAAUCGCUGAAUCGAACGGGCGUCACUCUUAAAAGUGCUCUUAUUUUCGCCCUCAUUGUCAGCUGUGUGAAACGCACUCUGGCGCGCUUUCUCCUUCUCAUUGUUUGCGUUGGAUACGGCAUCACCAAAUCGCGGUUAGGUACGGCCUACCGUCGUAUCGUGUGGAUCUGUGUAAUUUAUCUAGUCUGCUGCCUCCUCGACAGCGGUAUGCGCGCCUUCCACCCGCGCUUCAAACCCUCCCUCGCUGUCCUCCUCGGUGGCCUGCCCAUGAUUGCUGUCGAUCUGGCUAUCCUCUGGUGGAGCUUCUCCUACCUCGUUAGCACUCUGCGCGAGACCCGGAUGCGACGUAACAAAGUCAAGUACCGUCUCUACCGCAUUUUCUCCGCUCUCCUCAUUGCUGUGGCUCUCGUCUCCAUUCUCUGCAUGUGUGCGUCCAUCUUUCUGCUGCAUUGGAAGCCUUGCACUAGGGCGUGGCGGUACAUAUGGUUCGACGAGACUUUCUGGCAGCUACUCUUCUUUGUAAUCCUCCUCACCAUUGUCAUCCUCUGGCGUCCCAGCAGUACCAACAAACUCUACGCGCGCAGUGCCUUCCUCGACCCCGAUGUCGAGCCGCCACCCGAGGAUCUCGAGGAGCGCCUUCUUGACGCCAUCGUCUCUGGUAUAAACGACGAAUCGGAGGGAGGAAAGAAGGGCGACACGAAUGUGGCUCUUGAGGACGACGCAUUGCGAUGGGCUGAAGAGAACAUUCCCUCAUCACAGCCAAGCAGGAACGGCGCGAACAAACAGUCAGGUCAGGGCGGUCAUUCCGCUGCCGCCACCGCCGCCGCUGCUACUCAACUCAAACUCGACUAG